CGUCUCCCAUGCUAGGUCUCGGUCUGCGUGCCUCAUUCUUAUAGUCAAAAUUUAGUAAAAAAAAAAAAAAAAAAAAAAGCACCACCCGAAUAAGGGCGUAGCAGUGUGAGCGACAAUGCAAUGUCCACAUUUCCACGAAAUCGAAAAGGAGGCAAAAGCAGCCGUCAUUGGACAGGUUCCUUGUUAAAGUCCCACAAAAUGAAAACGAUUCCUAUAUAUUAUUAGGUGUCACUGGUUUCGUUAGUGAUAGUGAAAUUACUUCUGCAAAAUAACUGUAUUUUUCGUCUUCCUCAGACCGUUCUUAUCAAAGCAGAUGGUUUCUGGAUGCCCCCUAUUAUCAUCUGAGGAAUAACAGACAACACAGCACUGAUGUCAUCCAAGAUCAAGCCAGAACGUUCCCCACCAGUCCAUUGUGGAACAGUGCUGCAGGACAAGGAUGGACACACACAGGAGGAUGGUAAAGGGCAAAUAAAUAUGUACGAGUCUGAGCCAGCUCUCGUCCUCAACCUGAACAACAGCAAUAACAAUGCAGAAGGCAAGCAGAGAAAGAAAAAGGAAAAGAAGGACAAAAAAGCAAGAAAGGAGAAAAAGGAAAAGAAGGACAAGAAGGAAAACACAGAUAAAGGAAAAGAAAUGAAUGAGAAAACGGACACGCCGAAGGAAAUCUAUGUUAUCGACCCUGCCAGCAACAGAUACUACCACUGGCUGUUUGUCAUCACCAUGCCUGUCAUGUAUAACUGGACCUUAAUCAUUGCCAGAGCUUGCUUUGAAGAAUUACAACAGGACUAUCUCAUUCUGUGGUUCAUCGUAGACUAUUUAUCAGACAUUGUAUACUUGACCGACAUGGCGUUCAGGACCAGAACAGGAUAUCUUGAGCAGGGCUUGCUUGUGAAAGAUGAAAUGAAGCUGCGUCAGCGAUACAUGGAAAGCCUGCAGUUCAAGCUCGACCUCAUAUCAAUGAUCCCAACUGACAUCCUAUACUUCAAACUGGGACUCCGCUAUCCAGAAAUUCGCCUCAACAAGUUGUUUCGCGUUAAUCGCAUGUUUGAAUUCUUUCAGCGAACAGAGACAAGGACCAACUUCCCUAAUGUCUUUCGUAUUUCAAAUCUCGUCAUGUACAUUGUAAUUAUCAUCCACUGGAACGCAUGUCUGUACUACUCUUUCUCCAAGGCUAUUGGAUUCGGAUCAGACACAUUUGUUUACCCUAAUGUCUCACACCCUGAGUACGGACGUCUGGUCAGAAAAUAUGCAUACAGUUUAUACUGGUCCACCCUGACUUUAACUACCAUUGGUGAAACCCCUCCCCCAGUUCAGAACUCUGAGUAUUUUUUUGUAGUUUUUGACUUCUUGGUGGGUGUUUUGAUUUUUGCUACCAUUGUAGGUAAUGUUGGUUCCAUGAUUUCCAACAUGAAUGCAGCAAGAGCUGACUUUCAGGCCAGAAUUGAUGCAAUAAAGCAGUAUAUGAGCUUUCGAAAGGUCACCAAGGACUUGGAGAAAAGAGUCAUAAAGUGGUUUGACUACUUGUGGACAAAUAAGAAAGCUGUAGAUGAGAGAGAGGUGCUGAAAUACCUACCAGAUAAACUGCGGGCUGAAAUUGCCAUCAAUGUCCAUCUGGACACAUUAAAGAAGGUUCGCAUCUUCGCUGACUGCGAGGCAGGGCUGCUGGUGGAACUGGUGCUAAAACUGCAGCCACAGGUGUUCAGCCCUGGGGACUACAUCUGCAAAAAGGGUGACAUUGGCAGGGAGAUGUACAUCAUCAAGGAAGGAAAGUUAGCAGUGGUGGCAGAUGAUGGCGUCACACAGUUUGUAGUCCUUAGUGAUGGAAGCUAUUUUGGCGAGAUUAGUAUUUUGAACAUCAAGGGCAGUAAAGCUGGAAAUCGCAGAACUGCUAACAUUCGCAGCAUUGGAUACUCGGACCUCUUCUGCCUGUCCAAGGAUGACUUGAUGGAAGCUCUGACAGAGUAUCCUGAUGCCAAGGCUAUGCUAGAAGAAAAGGGAAGGCAGAUCCUCAUGAAAGAUGGCCUCCUAGAUUUAGAAGUGGCCAAGCAGGGCCCUGACCCUAAGGACAUGGAGGAGAAGGUGAACAGCAUGACGGGCACCCUAGACCUUCUACAGACCAAGUUUGCCCGGCUGUUGGCAGAGCAUGAGGCUGCACAGCUGAAACUGAAGCAGAGAGUCAAUAAACUAGAGAAAAAAGUCAUAAUCUCCUCUCAAAUGGUCGAUCCAGUAGGUGCUGCACCUGCUGUGUUUUAAGAAAAAAGUAGAAUGGGAAUGUAAGAAACAAAGAGGAAAAAGAAUUAAAAGCCAUGUUUUUUCCCUUUCAAAGCUUGUGCAAACUUUGUGCAGUUCCUCACAUUAAAAAAUCCAAAAUUGUAUAUUAUAUGCUAUACCAAACCAAAUUUUGAUUAUAUAUAUAUAUGUAAUUUAAUGUCAUGUUUUAGUAUCAAAUUUAGGCUAUACAUAUUUAUGAAAAGGCGUAAUAUUACAGCUAUGUUUAUUGUGUAUCGUGUAAAUAAUAUAAUAUAUACAGUCGAACCUCGUUACUACGUACAAGACGGGAUAUCAAAAACGGUGUAACGAGUGUUUCUUUGCAUUUUGUUUGUAUUACAUGAAAAUUAUUAAAUCAUAUUCAAAUUCUGUCUAUUAAAAUAAUUUUUAUGUAAAUGUAAAACCAAUUCUUUCUUGUUUACAAAAAAGCAACGUAUCAUUAU